AUGAUGGGAUUCGUGGAGGAGUUGGGGAAGGGGUAUGUGAGUAGGUAUGAUGGAGGUGAAAGUAUUAAAGAGUGGGUUAAAAGAGAAGGUGAAAAAGACGUUUUGACGCCUGAAGGAAAAAAUGGCGCCAAGGUGUUUUUGACGCUGCUGGAGAUGGUGAAUGAGGACCUCGGGCAUUUGAAAAAUGAAUGUGAAAGAGAUUGGGGAAAAUUUAAAAUAUACGAACAGGAUAACGAAAGCACAAAUCCACUCGGUUCGUUCCUUAAACGAUGUGGGUUCAAAGUCGCUGAACGUGACACUUCCAAAGAUGGCGAGUUGAGGUUACCAUUAAGUGGAUUCAGCGGUGACCAUAUUACCAAAUUGGAGCUUUUCACGUCCAUUCCUCACACUAAUGCCAGCAAGUUCCUUGUAAAUCUCGACAGCCUUAUCACUCACCUCAACCAGUAUAACCAAGUCGGCCACCUUAGGCAUGUCAAGUCGCCUAGGAACCCGUGCAGUAUUUUCGAAAUGCUCGUAUGGUCAUAUGGGCUGCAGCACAACGGUGUCUAUGAUGAAUUGGUGAAAUAUUGUCAUAAGUACGAUACAUCAUAUGAUAAGAAACCAGAUGCAGAAUUCAAGAAGCGGUUGACAGACACUGUGGAUUACAGCCUACGUGCUCUGAGCGAUUAUUCACGUAAUAUACUCACAACCAUACUCGGUACUGGUGACGAAUACACAACGUACGCCGUUGACUACUCCGAUAAUUCCCUCAAUCUGAAAUAUCCUGCAUCAGGUGAGGACUGCCUACAUACGCUGCUGGACAUCCUCCGUAGACUCCUGCCCACAUUGCGAUUUCUGAAUAACCAAUGCAAGCUCAAAACCAAAGACAACGGUUGGUACGAAUGCGAAUAUGGUAUGUACACCGCUCCAGCCAAAUGGCCGUGUACCGCCCACUCAAGCGACAAGGCAACGAGUCAACCAAACACGCAACCAAAGUGCCAACCAACGUGCAAAGUAAACAGCCAAGCAAAUUGCCAACCAACUUCCCCUCUUCAGUCUUACUUAAAUGACUGUCUACCUGGUCACCUACCUCAUCGAUUGAUUGAUGUCGGCUGUAAGUCGGAAUGUAAAACGUGCUCUCCAAGUACCAGCGGCAUGCCGUGUGUGACUCCCCUUGGCUUCAAGGCGUUUUCAUGUAGCACGCGCCGUGGUGAAGACAUAUGUGCUGUGUUAAGCAAAUUCUUUAACGUUGCGAAGCUUUCGCCUUUAUUCUGCCUGGCGCCCAAACCACCAUCUACGCUGCCAGAGCACAUGGAAUUUGCAUUAGCGUUAGUCAAGGAUUGGGAUUCCGAUGCAACGCACCCUCUUAAAAAUAGUAUUCAUUCCACAAUACGAGGCGCAUCUAUUGAACUAUGUGGAAAGCCGGAAGUGCUGACCACUGCGCUAACAAAUGCGUACGGUUCAUAUUAUGGCAGCCAUGACACCUGUGAUGAUCAGCACAUUUCUAGUCUCACAAGGUGGGAUGCGUGUCCUGCACAGAAUAAACGUUGUGCUCCAUACCUUCAAUCCUUAUGCUACGAUUACUAUAGCUAUCUUGUCAAGAAGCACUGCAAUCUAUACUUGUCAUGGGCUGUAUACCUACCAUGGGAUUUCUGGACUCAACUGAACAAUAUGUGCAACGCGUUCAGCAAUAUCUCAUGUCAAGAUUGGGGAUGCAGAGAGUGUCUGCGUGCCGACAAAUGUAAGCGUGGAGAGCAUGGGCUCAGCGUGAAAAAGGAUGACGAAUCCGAAGAGCCAAAUUGUCGAUGCCCUUCGAUUAUCAGCUGCAAAAGCGUUUCACCUAUGUUGUACUCUUAUGGAUUAACCUUUGGUCACCCUACCAAAAUUCUUACCAACAAAAAAUGUAACGACUUUUACAAUCAGUUGCACAGUGUCUUAAAUUCAAAAUAUUUUAUUGACCUACUGACAAAAUGUGAUGAAUACCUGCGCGAUAUUAGAUGGCCAUUUAUGCUCACCGUCCUGACCCUCUGGCUCCUCUCUUUCCUCUACCUCAUCCACAUCAUGGUCAUCCGCCUAGAUCUCCUCCAUAUCAAAUCGCAUCUACAUAGUCCCUCGAGUCAUAGGAUUGCUGCUCAAUCACUACUUGCUGCUGGACGCGUUAACAAGCUUAACAGGGUGUUUUAUCUGCAACCAUAA